AAAAAUUAUCUCUAUACUCUUUUUUCCAAUGUGUCCUUCGAAGUUAAGAGCAUGCCAUAUAAAGUGCAACCAGCAAAGCUCCCUGAGGGAAGCAUAGCAAUCAGAACAUCUGUCAUUUGGUCCACUCCAAAUGUCUCCUUUGUAAUCCCUUUAUGGGUUAUAAUACUAGCAAUACUUCUUGGACUGUUGGUACUAGCUAUGUUGACCCUAGCUUUAUGGAAGUGUGGCUUCUUUGACAGAGCUAGACCUCCUCAAGAUGACAUGGCUGACAGGGAACAACUGACAAAUAAAAAGACUACUGAUGCAUAGAGGAAGAGAGUGACAGUUCAAGUCAGAAUUCUGCCCGAGACUAGAAACACGAUGAGGAUUAAAUGAAGGAUUCCUUCCACCAGCCUUCCUUUGUACCUGCAAGUGACAUGGUGGUGUAAUCUGAUCUAUGCAAUGUUCUGAGAACAUGCCACAUGAUGGCCAUCCUUGCCAAAGAAAGCAGCUUAUCACUGCCUUACAAACAUAUUCACCACUGAACAGAAUGUUUAUGCCAUAUUCCAGUCAGUCUACAUUUCAGCAGAUGCUUUUGAACACGUGUGGUAUACCGAGAUGCUUCCAGAACAAGCCCUAAUCUCCCAAGGAGAGAAUGCCCAUGUUGCUGUAUUGUCUAGAAGAUGGACCAGGACAAAACUUCUGAACGCUACUGUAUCAUGCAGGAUACCUUUGACACCUCCCUAAGAAUAAGAACUUUUAUGAAUUUAUGGCUCAGGGAGACAAGCAAUAUAUCAGUACUGUGAAAGUACUUCUGAAAAACAAAGGUAGUCUAUAAAGAACUUUAUAGAUGGGGCACAAUUAUUUAUUUUUCCACCUUUUCAGGAUAAGUAUCUGAUAUAAUCAUCAACUUAGAUUUUGAGAGAAGUAAAAAAAAUAGAAAUCAUGUACUUACCUUGCAUGUAAAUAGAAAAGUAAACCCAUUGUACACACAGAACACAUCUUUCUUGGCUACAAGGUGUUUUGCAAAGCAGAAGAUUUAUGCAACGCUUCACAAGAUAAGACAUGUGAUAAACAAGUAUCUCUUUCAACCCAGAGCUGGCAGUGUCACAUCCCGAUAACUAAAUCCAUGCACAGUAUAGAGCAGGGGAUGAGUUACCCUCUCAUUGCAUUGCUAA